AUGGACUUCAUCACUAGUUUGCCUCGCACUGCACGGAGGUUUGAUCCCAUUUUGGUAAUUAUGGAUAGGCUGAUAAAAUUUGUGCAUUUCUUGCCAGUUAGGAUAAUAUAUUCAGCUGAAGAUUAUGCUAGGCUUUACAUUCAGGAGAUUAACUUAGAGCUUGAGGUAGAAGAUUGGGUUUUCCUGAAAGUAUCACCUAUGAAGGGCAUCAUGCGAUUCGGAAAGAAAGUGAAGCUCAAUCCUAGGUACGUUGGAUCAUAUAAGAUUAUUCGGAAGUUCGGUAUGGUGGCAUACGAGCUUGAUUUUCUUUCAGAAUUGGAAGCAGUUCUUCCUAUAUUUCCUGUUUUUAUGAUGCGGAAGUGUAUUAGAGAUCCUUCAUGUAUUACGCCCACUGAAAAUAUUUGUAUCGCUGAGGAUUUAUCUUAUGCAGAGGUACCAAUAGCUAUUUUAAAUUGGCAAGAAAGAAAGCUUCGAAAUAAAGAUGUAGCUUCGGGUAAAGUGUUAUGGAGAAAUAACAACGUCGAGGAAAUGACUUGGGAAGUGGAAGAGGAAAUGAGGAAGGAGUACCCCCAACUGUUUACGGCUUAA